AUGUCAAGUCUCAAAACUUUGCUCGCCAACUUCGUUGAAACGUGCUUUGAUAGUGUGGCAGGGAGCAUGGACACUAAUGAGCAAAAACUGAUCCCCUUUGGUGAAGUCCAGAAGCAUCAAACAGCGAAUGACUGCUGGAUUGUCAUCAAGGGUGAAGUCUUUGAUGUUACCAGCUUUAUUCAGACCCAUCCAGGAGGCGCGCAGGCUAUCCUUGCACAUGCUGGCUCAGAUGCGACUGAAUUGUUCACUAUGAUGCAUGCCCGCAGUGCACUUGAUUCGCUGCGAGCAAGCAUGCUGCUUGGUCCAAUUGACCCGGCGACUCUACCUGCCAAUGGGCAGAAAGAAGCAACGGAAGAUGAGCGUCGGCAAUCUGCUGCCCGUGAGGAGAUGCCAUCGGCACAAAAUUUCUUUCUACUGCAGGAUUUCGAGCAAUGGGGCGAGCGGGUGUUAAGUAAUAUGGCUUGGGCAUAUUACCGUAGCGCAUCCGACGAGGAACGUUCCUUUGACGAGAAUCGUGAUGCCUUCCGCCGCUAUUUCUUUCGCCCUAGAAUCCUUCGCGAUACUAGCUCCGGAACAAUUGAGACGACGAUCGUGAACUUGCCGACAUCGAUGCCACUUUUCAUUUCGCCUUGUGCCAUGGCAAAACUUGGGCAUCCUCUGGGAGAAAUCAAUCUCACAAGGUCCGCCGGAAAGUAUGGCAUCAUUCAAAUGUUAUACUUGAAUAAGGAGCGAACAGCUUCGAGUGCACUCAUCCGCAAAGUAGAGCAAUUGGGCGCGCGGGCUAUUGUGUUCACUGUGGAUGUCUGUUGGCAGUCCAAAAGAACGCUAGACGUCCGGACUAAGGGAAUACCUUCUCAUUCCUCGGCCAUUGCCACCUCCACAUCUAAAGGUGUAUCUGAAGCAAUUGGUGAAUACCAAGAUCGCAACUUGACCUGGAAGGAUAUCGGCUUCAUUCAAAGCCACACUAAGUUGCCCAUCAUAGUCAAAGGAGUUCAGUCGCUGGAGGAUGUUGAACUGUGUGUCGCUAACGGUGUCCAGGGAGUUGUCCUCUCUAAUCACGGAGGCCGGCAAGCAGAUUAUGCGCCAGCCCCUAUUGACAUUCUCUACGAGAUACGAACUUAUCGUCCUGAUCUGUUCUCAAAAUUAGAUAUUAUGAUAGACGGAGGUGUCCGCUGUGGCGCUGAUGUAGUCAAAGCAUUGGCUCUAGGAGCUAAAGCUGUAGGAAUCGGAAGGCCGUUUUUAUACGCGAACGGCACACACGGAGAGGCUGGCUGUGACCGCGUAGCGGAGAGCGUCACAAAGAUCGAGGAGCUGAAACCCGAGAUGCCACGAUUUGUCGCGCUUUGGUACAAGCACUUGAACGAGCUGAACCUCCCAUCGAGGGCCAUUCCGCCAUUCAAGAGGAUAUCAUUUCGAUUUCUGGCAUCAGUACAGCAUUGCUCGUUUGCCGCCGAACCAUCGACUCUAUUCCUGACCAUGAGUUAUCACGAACAGCAGCCUUAUGUGAAGGCAUUGGACCUACCUCCAAACACAUCUUGUCUGCUUGUCAAAAAGCGUGCUGUCCGUAUUGAGCCAAUUGCAUGGCCGGUGCUUCAAUCAGAUGGGGUUCUUGUGAAGGUCAUAUCCAAUGGAAUCUGUGGGUCGGAUAUGCAUGCUUAUUUGGCGGGAGGUGUCGGAGGUCGACCAAUCCUGGAACCCACAGUCAUGGGUCACGAAGCAGCGGGCGAAGUUGUUGCUGUUGGUGAGAAUGUCACUUCCCAUAAGCCCGGCGAUCGAGUUGCAGAUUUUUCGCUCUUCCGGCCGAUAUGGCGCCUCAUAUACCUGCAUCUGUUGAUUGGGAUGAAGCUGGUAGCAUACAGCCACUUGCUUGGCUGCGGUCCUAUCGGUUUGAUUACAGCAGCAGUCGCGCAUGCGUAUUCUGCUCGUAAAAUUAUAGCCUUUGACAUCAGUCAAAGACGAGUUGACUUUGCAAAGAAAUACAUGUCGCCCCUCACGGGUAAAGCCAUCUUUGAUCACGUCUUUCACAUCGAUUCGUUGCCGAGCUUAACGAAAAUGGUGCAGACCAAUGGAAGCCACGGACAGGCUAACGGUGAACUUCCCGCUUCUGAAGACACAGUAGCGGUAGACACCAACCACGUUGAAACCGAAGGCGAUGCCAAAUGGAAAAUUGCGAGCCAACGAAUGAUGAGCAUUAUUGAACAGUGCGGUUUGAGCGCCGAAUGUGGCGUGGAUAGGGUCAUCGAAGCCAGUGGUGCGGAGGAUGCCAUGCUUCAUGGGGUCGCUAUCUGCAAGCAGGGCGGCAUAUAUCUUCAAGUGGGCUUAGGCCAUGUUCAGACUCAUAUCUUCCCCACAAUCGCGGUUACAAAUAAGGAGCUAGAUGUCAGAGCGCGAGGCGUGGUCGACCUCCGACCACUCAUUACAGCGAAGUAUCCGCUCUCGAGGGCUCAAGAGGCAUUCGAAGCCGUCGCUAGUGGUAUGGAGAUGAAGGUCAUUAUCAAAAACCAGGAGAUGUAA